UUUAUCUUAUCAUUCCUAAACAUAACCUCAAAAUGUCUAUAAUGUAAACACGUAAACAUGUGAGUUGUGAAUAUUGUUAACAAAUCUAAUUGUUGAAUAGAGCGAAACUAAACAGUCAGGAAACAAUGGCACAGAAACCUUCAUUUUCCGACCUUACCCUUAAUAAUUGGAUAAUUAGGCAAUGUGCAACAAUAGGUGUAAAAUCCCCUACGCCCAUCCAGUUAAACUGUAUUCCACAAAUUUUGCAAGGUCGGGAUUGUGUGGGUGCAGCAAAAACUGGUAGUGGUAAAACUUUGGCUUUUGCUUUACCCAUUAUACAGAAACUAUGUGAAGAUCCUUAUGGUGUUUAUGCCUUAGUUUUGACACCAACUAGGGAAUUGGCUUAUCAAAUAGCAGAACAGUUUGCAGUUAUUGGAAAACCUAUGAAUUUGAGACAUUGUGUAGUUGUUGGAGGAAUUGAUAUGGUAGACCAAGGAAUACAACUGUCUAAACAUCCCCAUAUAGUUGUGGCUACACCAGGCCGUUUAGCAGAUCAUUUGGAAAGCUGCAAAACCUUCUCUCUUUCUAAAAUCAAAUUCCUUGUUUUGGAUGAAGCAGACAGGCUUCUUAGUGGCCAGUUUGACGAACAGAUCAAAACUAUAUUUAAAGAAUUACCAAAAAAUCGCCAAAAUUUGUUUUUUUCAGCAACUAUCACAGACACUUUAGAGAAAUUAAAGGAGGUCAGCAAUAAAGACAUGUUCUAUUAUGAAGCUCCUUCCAUCUCAGAUGCUGUUACUGUUGAACAGUUAGAACAAAAAUAUGUGUUAUGUCCUAAAGAUGUUAAAGAUGCUUAUUUAGCUCAAGUGAUUAGAGAGUUUAGAGCUGAAAAUGAAGAUGGCAACAUUAUGAUUUUUACAGAUACUUGCAAAAAUUGUCAAGUACUCUCAAUGACCUUAAACGAUGUAGGAUUUGAAAAUGUAUCUCUCCAUGCAAUGAUUCCCCAGCAACAACGCCUAGCUGCCUUGGCGAGAUUCAAGAGUAACACAGUAAAAAUGCUGAUAGCAACUGAUGUGGCGAGUAGAGGUCUUGAUAUACCUACUGUGCAGUUGGUCUUAAACCACACUGUUCCAAAAGUCCCUAAAGAAUAUGUUCAUAGAGUCGGUAGAACUGCUAGAGCUGGGAGAGUUGGCAAAGCUGUUACAUUAGUCACUCCUUAUGACAUCAAAUUACUGCAGGCCAUUGAAGAGCAUAUUAAGACAAAAUUAGUAGAGCUAAAAAUUAAUGAUUCUGAGGUAGGAAAGAUCUUUGCUCAAGUGUCAGUAACAAAAAGUGAAGCUUACUUGAACUUAGAUGAAGGCGAUUUCUAUGAGAAGAGGUUGAUUAACAAAAGAAAGAAAUGGAUUUUGGAAGGUUUAGAUCCAGAUGAAGAGGAAGCGAAACUAUUGAAGAAACAUAAAAAGAAGAAAAAGUCAAAACGAAAAAAGGAGGAAGCAGUCCUUUAAAAUAAUUUUAUUAAUUAAAAUAAAUAUAUUUUUUAUAUUAAUGUA